CUGUUCUCCCAAACCAUCAAUCCAUACACAACACUCAUCUCUUCACGUGCAUCCACAGCUGCUUGACAGAGCUAGAGAGAGAACUAAGCUUGAGAGAUAGAGAGAGAUCAAGAGAGAGAAAGAGAGAGUUCCUGCAGCCAAGAAAUUAAACCAAUCAAGCAUAGCAAAUGGCUGACCGUGUGAUGAAGCUGGCGUCGGAGCGCGCGGUGGUGGUGUUCACGCUGAGUUCCUGCUGCAUGGGCCACACGGUGGCGAAGCUGAUGCAGGACCUGAGCGUAAACGCGCUGGUGCACGAGCUGGACAGCGACCCCAGGGGCAAGGAGAUGGAGUGCGCGCUGCUCAAGAUGCUCGGCGGUAGGGGCCCUGCCGUCCCCGCCGUCUUUAUCGGCGGCAAGCUCGUCGGCGGCACCAACAGGGUCAUGUCCCUUCACCUCGGCAGCGAGCUGGUGCCCAUGCUCAAGAGCGCCGGCGCGCUCUGGCUGUAGAGACAUGCAUAGUCACGUACGUGCGAGCAUGGCCAUGGAUACGCUAGCAGGAAAAAUAAAGAGGUCGUGGUCCAAGAGUACCAAGGGUCGUUACUAGUGUGUGUGUCGAGGGCAGGUUUUUCCCGUCCUGUUCUUCCGAGUUCUGACAGGAAUAACUAGGGCAAACUAGCUGCUUAGCUUCGUGCCUUGUAGCUAGGAGCUUGUGAGCGAGAGAGAGAUGGCCUUCUUGAUGUUUUGUUCUAACUUUGCAAUGGCACGUGCGUGUACUAAUCAUCAAUCAGUCAGCCUUUUUUCGACAGGCUUAUGAAUACCAAUAUAUGUUUGAGAGGUUUUAUCAGCAA